AAAGCCAUGUCGCGCCUCGAAUAACUUUUCUCCAGAGCAUGAACGCGGGCGCGUGUCGAAGCUCUCCAACUUUCCCCACAUCCUCGCGUACCUUUCCCUCCUGGGGCAAGUGGUCGAAUACCUGUCGCUUACACACUCUACUACAUACGACCACAAGAUGCCUCGGUAUCUUCUCAGCUUGUCAGCUUCCCCUCACCUUUGGCAUCGACAAACAAGGGUUCCAAAGGGGUCCGCGUUGCCUAAACUGGUAUAGCAGCAUGGACAGUCCAGAACAUUUUAAUUGUAUACAUUGCUGUAGAUCACUGUCAAGAUGUAGCUGUUGAACUUUUCGCCGUUUUAUACCAUGCCAAAUUUUGGAUUCCUCUCAUUACCUAUCAUCGGGAAUAGCAAACAAAAUGGCCUCUCUCGCUCUCACCGCGGCAGGUGUGGCGGCAGGCUCGGCCUACCUCAACGCCCGUCUCUCGCUCUCCCACGAUCUCCUUUUUGCCCGCAUUGCCGGUUCAUCCGUCAUCAACAUCAUCAAGGCCGUCCGGUCCGGAAAGAUCAACUUUUUCUACGUUCUCGAGAAGCAGGCACUCGACACCUCGUCUGCCAACCGCCCGUUCAUGCUCUUUGAAGGCCGAUCGUGGACUUACAAGGAGACAUAUGACAAUGUUUUGCAGUGGGGCACCUGGCUUCGGGAGGUGAAGGGAGUCAAGAAGGGGGAUGUUGUCGUCUUGAACUACCAGAACUCGGCCAUGUUCAUGAUUCUGUGGUUUUCCAUCUGGAGUGUCGGGGCGAAGCCGGCUUUCAUCAACUACAACCUGCGGGAUCAGGCUUUGACACAUUGCUUGAAGGAGAGUACAGCAAGGCUGGCGUUGGUUGAUCCUCAUGUGGCUGAUGCGCUGACGGACGAUGUAAGAGAGAAGAUGGCGGCCAUGGAGUUUAUCGUUACGGGAGAUGAUGUUCAACGGGAGGUUCAGAGGGUACGGGGGACGAGAGGCGAUGAUGAGCUGAGGAAGGAAGACGACUAUGUCGCCAUGGCUAUCCUGAUCUACACCAGUGGGACGACAGGCAUGCCCAAGCCUGCUGUGGUCAGUUGGGCCAAGAUCUUUACCGCCAUCGGACUGUGUUCCAAGGGUACUGGGAUGAAGAAGGACGACGUCUUCUACACGUGCAUGCCUCUCUAUCACAGCUCUGCCUCGUGUCUGGGUGUCUGCAGCGUCUUGUUUACUGGAACAACGCUCUCCAUCGGCAGGAAGUUUUCUACAAAGACGUUCUGGAAAGAGGUGCGCGAGACCAAGUCUACCAUUAUCCAGUAUGUGGGCGAGACAUGCCGAUACCUGACGGUUGCUCCACCGGAGAUCGACCCCGUUACUGGAGAGAACCUGGACAAGAAGCACCAUGUCCGAGUCGCCUUCGGUAACGGACUUCGGCCAGAUGUCUGGGAUAAGUUCAAGGAGAGGUUUGCUAUAGAUACAAUUUAUGAGUUCUAUGCGGCAACUGAAGGAGCGCUAGGGCUUUGGAACCUGAGCCGUAAUGCGUUUGGCAAAGGCGCCAUCGGCCGAUAUGGUGCCCUUUCCACGCUCUUCCUCGGGCUUCGUUCAGCCAUUGUCAAGAUUGACGAUGAGACAGAGGAGCCCUGGCGAGAUCCCCAGACUGGAUUCUGCCAGCGCGUGAAGAGCGGCGAUGUGGGCGAGUUCUUGGUCAGCUUGCCUGCUGACGACGUCAACAAGAGAUUCCAGGGAUAUUUUGGCAACCAGAAGGCGACAAACUCCAAGAUCAUGAGGGACGUCUUUAAAAAGGGGGACGCAUGGUUUCGGUCUGGAGACGUGCUCCGCUGGGACUCGGAUGGCAUGAUCUUCUUCUCCGACCGUAUCGGCGAUACUUUCCGUUGGAAGAGUGAAAAUGUGUCCACCGCCGAGGUAUCACAGGCGAUGGGACUUCAUCCCAAUGUUCUGGAAUCCAACGUCUAUGGUGUCCAACUACCGAACCACGACGGUCGAGCAGGUUGUGCAGCCAUUGCCUUUGACAGUCCAAAUCUGAGCCGUGAGCUGAUGGCUAGCUUGGCCAAACAUGCGCGGGAAAAGCUACCCCGUUAUGCGGUGCCUCUGUUCCUGAGAGUGGUCAAGGGCGUUGGUGAGCAGACAACAGGCACGAAUAAGCAACAGAAGCAUCAUUUAAGGCAACAGAGUGUCAACCCGAGCAAGGUUCAGGGCGAUGCUCUCUUUUGGUUGAAGGGGGACACAUAUGAGCCAUUUGGGGAGACACAGUGGAAGGAACUGGAGGGUGGAAGGGUGAAGCUGUAA